GGGCACAAUUCUUUCCCCUGGUACAGCCCUUGUUCCAGCUCAGGUGGUAGCUAGGGGAUUGCUCAUGAUGGCUCCACUCCUCUCUUCAGUUCCACCCAUUUAUAUAUCUUUUGCAUAAGGUGAGACUCCUUUGUCCCUCUGGGUUUCCACUCCCCACUGGAAAAGCACCAGGUUAAAGAUGGAUUCCAGUUCAUGUGACAUGAUCACAUGUCACCGUACGACUCCAACCUUCAUUCCUCCCAGCCUGGCUCACAGGAAGGCCUGCCUGCAAACAGAGCCAUCCAGUCAAUUGUCCUGGUUGCUGGGAGCCAUUAAGAUUCCAAACCACCAUUAAUGGCCCACACUUUGCAUAAUUACAAUAGGCCCUCAGAGUUAUAUUUCAUAUUUCUAGUUUCAGAUACAAGAGUGAUACAUUUAUACAAAUAGGAUGAUCACACUCAGUAGACAAUAAGCUUUGUAAUGAUACCUUGCAAAAGACCUUUUGCAUGAAGCAUAUUCCAGUUACAUUAUAUUCACUCAUCAAAUCUUUAUAAAAUCAUAUAGACUGCAAGGUCACAAGGGACCUCAGGAGAUAUCUAGUCCAACCCCCUGCUCAAAGCAGGACCAACCCCAACUAAAUCAUCCCAGCCAGGGCUUCGUCAAGCCUGAUCUGUCAAGCUAUCAAAUUCCCCCCUCACUCUUCUCUUCUGCAGACUAAAUAACCCCAGUUACCUCAGCGUCUCCUCAUAAGUCAUGUGCUCCAGCCCCCUAAUCAUUUUUGUUGUCCUCCACUGGACUUUCCAAUUUUUCCACAUAUUUCUUGUAGUCUGGGGCCCAAAACUGGACACAGGACUCCAGAUGAGGCCUCACCAAUGUCGAAUAGAGGGGAACGAUCACGUCCCUUGAUCUGCUGGCAAUGCUCCUACUUAUAGAGGCCAAAAUGCUGUUAGCUUUUUGGGCAAGAAGGGCACACUGUCGACUCCUAUCCAGCUUCUCGUCCACUGUAACCCCUAGGUCCUUUUCUGCAGAACUGCUGCUUAGCCACUCGGUCCUCAGUCUGUAACAGUGCAUGGGAUUCUUCCGUCCUAAGUGCAGGACUCUGCACGUGUCCUUGUUGAACCUCAUCGGGUUUCUUUUGGCUCAAUCCUCUAAUUUGUCUAGGUCUCUCUGUAUCCUGUCCCUACCCUCCAGCGUAUCUGUCACCUGGGGUUUAUUCAGCCCAAAGCUCCUACAUUAACCCAGAUAUCCCAUUGCUUGUGGAGCUGCAGGGAGGAUCGGGGGCCAGUGAAGGCACCAGGCCUCCAGGGUCCAUUACCCCCAUACGCUUUUACAAAAUCUGUCAAGCUGUUUCCCAGCGUCAUAUUCAACUGUUUAUUCUUUCCAGUUGUUUCCCUGUCUCUGGACAUAAUUUCUCCACUCAAGCAGGCAAUCAGCCUGAGUCCUGAGUCCCAGUAAUGGAAUGUAUUCAUAGAUUAACUCGCGAACUGUGACACGGGAACUUGUAGGGAGCGACCCCACCCCGCUGUCUUUUACCUCCUAUUGCAAUGGACAAACUGGUUGUACCAUCCAUCUCCUUCCUCUCCACCCCUGCUCGCUGGGGCCUCCAAAUUAUCUACCAUUCCUCCCAGUUUAGUGUCAUCUGCAAACUUGCUGAGCGUGCAGUCCACGCCAUCCUCCAGAUCACUGAUGAAGAUAUUGAAUGAAACCGGCCUCAGGACCGAUCCUUGGGGCACUCCAUUUGAUACCGGCUGCCAACUAGACAUGGAGCUGUUGAUUGCUACCUGCUGAGCCCGAUGAUCUAGCCAGCUUUCUGUCCACCUUAUAGUCCAGCAGGAUGCCCUCCUGGCUGGUCUCAUCCGUUAAGACACCAGACUCCCCAAGGAAGGAGAGUCCUGGGGAGAGCCAGAGCUCAGCAGAGGACUUCGCAGUGCUUCCCUGCGUGUGCAUUUACGAGUGGACUCGCCCCCCCUCUUUCUCCCAGGCCUGUUGCCAGCAAUUUGGGGGGGUGGAGGGGCUGCUCAGCCUGGGAGAAGACGAACCAGCCCAGCUAAAGAUGGGGAAAACCCAUUGGUUCCCCUGGCCCUUCCCCAGUAGGGGAGUGGCUGAAGACCGUCUGUUCCCAUCACACCCCAGUGCCUUCUCUGCACUCGUGCUGUGGCCAGCCGGGCUGCCCUUUCCCCAGAGCCAGGGCUGCAGGACAGAAAGGGCACAACCUGCCGAAUGCCAAAGGAGGUGAUUCAAUGGGCAGAGGAGCAGUUACUCCCCUCGCGAGUCCGGGAUCCAGUUGUCAGUCUGCAGAGAGCACUGCCAUGUGAGGCUUCGGCCUGUCAUGGGGGAGAGCGGAGGAUGAGCCCAGUGCCCCCGUCUGCAGCGUUGCCCGGCUGUUGUCACGCGGUGCAGGCUGACCCCGUUCCAACCUGCUGCCGGCACUGAGAAGAAAGAUGAACAUCUCUGGGGACGCAGGGGGCUCCUCGAGGCUCCUCAUCUUCUGGCUCUCAGGCCCACUCUCUGUCUUCAUCAUCCUGGCCAACCUCUUCAUCAUCCUCGGGAUCCUCUGCAGCCGCAAGCUGCCUGGGGCCGCCAGCUCUUUCUUUCUCAGCCUGCUGUUUGCCGAUCUCCUGGCCGGGGUGGCCCUGCCCUUCAUCCCCUGGAUGCAGUUUGAGAAUAGUCGGGGCUACCACAGCUGCUUCUUCACCCACGUGGCCCCCAACUACUUCUUCCUCGCCUUCCUGGCCAACUUGCUGGCAGUGCACUACGAGAAGUACCUGUGCAUCAGCUACCCUCUGCACUACCGCCGCUUCUGGGUGCACCGCUGGGUGCCCCUCUGCCUGCUGCUGACCUGGACGCUGCCUUUGCUCUUUGCCUGCCUGCCGGUGCUGGGGUGGAACCACUGGGGACCCAGCUCCAACUGCUCCUACAAACAGAUCUUCCCCACUGCCUACCUCUACCUGGAGAUCUACGGCUUCCUCAUCCCCUCCAUCCUGGCCAUGGCCUUCAUGUCCACCCAGGUGCUGCGGGUGGCCAGGCGCCAGCUGCAGGAGAUCAAGAAGGUGCUGCGCUCCGUACACCAAGGCCAGGGCCCCUCAGAGCUGGAGCAGCAGCUGGAGCUGAGGCAUGCCAAGUGCAUCGCCAGCCUCUCCCUGAUCUUCCUGGCAUGCUGGGUGCCCUACGUGGCCGGCCUGCACGUCUCUGUGCUGGCCAUCCAGAACCACAACUCCAUCGACAGCUACACUGUCCUCAUCCUCACAUGCGUGGGCAGCGGCAGCGCCGCCGUGGUGCCCAUCAUCCUGGGGCUCAGCAACCGCCAGUACACCCAGUUCUGGAGGGACGUGGCGGCCAAGGUCUGUGCUGGCUGCAGGGUGCAGUGCUGCAAGCGAGGGGAGGCCAGACGCCACCAGGGUGGGACGUCACAGGGCAGGGCCCCUUGUCCUCAGGCAGAAGGUGUGGCUCCAGCUCCCAGCUGAUGCCCUUGCCCCUGCAACGGAGACACCAAACCUGCAACCGUGGCCUCUUGCCACAACAAGACAAGGCUGGGAUUUGCAGCAGCUGAGGGAUCAACAUGGACUUUCCGGAGGGAUCCAGUGAUUUACUGGACCGUUAUAUUUUAAUGACCGAGGCGGGGAGUAACCUCAUCCUCCCUCGCCCACACACGGCUGCUGGGCUGGUCACUGCUGGGUUCUGCACUUUGGUUGAUCUAAAGAACAAGUGUGGGUCUCAUGCUCUGGCCAAUCAGAUUUCAAUACGUUCGUUUUCCAAAGCAGGCCGUCGAUUCCAUGAAUGAUCUCGGCUUCUGAGUGGCCGAUUCCUCACUACACGAUCCACCCUCCUGCAGCCUGAUUGGCUGGGGUGGCUUCCAUCCCACGACGAUGCUCAUCAAUUCUAUUUGUCCCCCGAGGGUAAGACCUGAGUUUCUGGGCUGGUGUGGGACCAGAUCCUGCCAGGGUGUAGAGGGUGCCCUGACCUCUCAGGGUCGGGGCCGCCUGAAUUCUCAGAUCCUUUGUGGAGGUUAACCCCAUGGUGAAUGUGUGUUGUCGCUGCACCCCGUGAGUGCAGACUACAGGGCGAGGUCUGAGUCCCUCUAUUCUUGCUGGGAGUUCCUGGCACCCCAGUAACCUCCCUGAUGCAGCUUUAAGAGACUCCCUGCCCCCAAAUGCGAUCAGACUUAGAUGAUAGCACCCCCUAAACAGUGGGGUUACUGCUGCUUGGGUCCCAAAUCAGACUAGGGGCCGGCACCCCCGUGGGCAGGGCCGGUGCUUCCAUUUAGGCAACCUAGGCGGUCACCUAGGGCACCAGGAUUUGGCGGGGGAGCAUUUUGCCACCCUUGGCGGCAAUUUGGCGGCAGGGAGUCCAUCCGCGCUCCGGGUCUUCGGCGGCAAUUCUGCAGCGGCUCCUUCACUCACUCCGGGACCCGCCGCUGAAGUACCCCGAAGACUGGGAGCGCGGAAGGACCCCCGCCUAGGGAGCCAAAAACCCUGGCGCCGCUCCUGCCCGUGGGGCCAGAGACAGGAAUUUCCAGGACUUAUCUCGCUGCAAGGCAGAGCUCUGUCAGCAGCCACUUUUCCUUCCUCUUCCUGCUAAGCCGAGUGGCUGCUGCGUCUGCCCACAAAGCAGGAAACCAGAAACUCUCCAUGUGGAUAAGAACCAUGGCCCCCGGGAGCAGCGUUGGCAGAGACCAAAAGUGACUGGCUGGAGACCUUCCUUGGUGGGGAGAGGAGCCUAUGGGAUUCAGGCACCUUCGCCCCCUGCACGGUGGUGCCCAGGGCUGUCUCGAGCCUGGGUGUCCUUCAGCCUGGCUUCAUGCACGGGCCACACCCCUCUCCUCAGACCACCUCUCCCGCUGAGCGGCACAAGCAUCAGGCCAUGGAGCGGGGACGGGGGAUCCCGUGUGGUGGGGUCCCUGCACCUGGGGUGUUCAGUUCUGGGCACGCUAACCCCCUGCAACCAGGGUCCAGGACUCAGCCCAAUGCCUCCCGCUGCGGCUAAUGCGUUUGCUGCUGGGCCCUGUUCAUCCAGGGCCUGCGCCCGGUUCCUCAUACUGUUUGUGCGUCACUGGUUGGCAGCCGGGGGAGCCCUGCUGAACGGGGGAGGGAGUCGGCUGAGCCCGGGAUCCCGGCUCCCCUGGAAUGGAUAGUCCGGCUACCGCCUCCUUGGCCGCUGGGUCCCUCUCUGCAGCAUGCUCCCUCCCACCCACUGUUUAUCCCUCCGCUCGGCUCUUCUGCUUUGCAACUGUUUAUUUUUUUCCAUGACGCUUUUUCCAGGCCUUGUGGGGAAUUUCCAUCCCGGCUGGGCCUGUCCCACCAGCCGGCUCCAGGGCCCUGUCCCUGGGCUCCUUCCUUGUUUAGUGGGCGAUUUCUGGGGACGGCAAUGCUGGGAUCGAGCCGGAAGGACCUGCCCUGUCCUGCUGUGUCCCGUUACCCUCUGGGCCCGGAUCCAGCCCUGCCCAGGUGCUCGGGGUGGGCGAAGGACCUGGAGGGGGCUGGGACACACCAAAGGGAGACCAGCCCGUCCCAUUUUAUGUCCAGCAGCUGUGUGUGAGGUUAGUAGUGCUGAGGGAAAGGAACCAGAGCAAGGGCCGGGGCAGGGGCAUCCAGGGCCAGGUCUCUCCAAACGGCUCCACCAACACCCCCCAGCCCUGAUCCUCAGCCUCCCUCCUCCCCCGACGUUCCACUCCACGCCCCCACCCUACUCUGCUGAUGUCCCUCCCAGCUGAGCUGCGGCCGCCCCAGGGUGCCCCCACCGCCCCCCCAGGCCAGGCUGGUGUGGGAUGGAGAACAGCCAGAUGCUGGAGCGGAGCGAGACUGGCCCCCGAUGGCCCUGUCCCAGUCAGGUCUCUGGGGACCUGCAGCCGCUGGUUCGAUCUCCGAGUCUCAGUGUGUCAUUAUAAACCAGCGCAGUGCACAAGAGGCAGCGGGGGGAGGGGGAAGGGAAGGGUUCCCUUGUGGAACCCCAGGAGCCCCCCGAAGCCGGCCAGGGUGAGGACUGUCUAAGGCAGGCUGCCCCUUCUGUGUGUGUGCGAGGGAUGGAAAGGGGGUGCUCCUUUGUCUAUACAUUUCCUGGGGGUUCUGUUGCCUGCAUGCCUCCCCCUUGAGUCCAGGUGCCAGCCUGCAGCACCCAUAUUCUCCCCCGCAUUAGCUCUGGGUGCCCAUCUGGAUGUAUCCUAUUCCCCCCUGGAGUCCUGCUGCCCUGAUUGGAGGGUCCCCUUCCCCCCCGGGGCCCUGAUGCCCAUAGUUCUCCUCACUUACUUCCAGCUCCUGGUGCCCUGAAUCGUCCCUGGAUCCCAGUCCCUGCAAUCCCCCCAUUCCGUCCUGGGGCUCACAUCUCACAUCCCUGGCCCUAGUGCCUGUGGUGUCCCUUCCCCUAUCUCUGCCAUCUCAGAGCCGGGUCCUGUUUUCCAUAUCCCCCACCUCUUUGCUAAGCAAAUCGGCCAGCCCAGGGAUUUGCAUAGGGAGCUGGCGGCAUUGGAGAGACACGAAGGGCCUGCUGACCCUUUACACCAGCAACGGAACUAGGGGUGCUGCCGGACCCUGUGGCUUGAAGUCGUAAUAAUGAACACCAUCCUCCUCACCACCCCAGCCCAGUUGGGUCUGUCCCUCCACCUGUUUGCAUGCUCCCCUCCUCAGGAUUUGCAUAGCCCUGGGUGCGCCUUUCCUGGCUCGCCCGCAGCCCUGGACCGCCCCUGCUGAUCUCCUGGCUUCACUUCUUUCUCUGUUAGCAGGGAGAUGAACCAGAGCAGGAGAACCAGUAUUUCCACUUGAACCCAGAACUGAACCAGACCCAGAAUUUUGUCCUGCCUGCUGAACCCCACGCAAAGCUGGGUUACCGGCUAACAGAAAGGGCCAGCAUUUUUUCACGCUCCCUUUUAAAAGAGCUGCUGGGAUCAUACAUUCAUUAGUGAACAAGCCAAGGCAAGAGGCAUGUGAUUGUGGCCAGAAGAGCCUGGCUGAGACUAGAAGGAGGCCAGCCCCCAAGAGCAGGGAGGGAGAGGGAGGCAGCAGGGGGUCCAGAGCUAGCGAACCACUUUCGGAGACUCCACCCCGGGGAGAGACGAGGUGGGGGGUGUCCCUUAGCAAUAACUCUUCAAACCCAGGGGAAAAGGUAAUGGUUCUCUAAUCCUUCUCCUCCUCUGACAGGUCUCCCUCUACCCAUCCCCAACCCCAGGGCAGCUCCUCACACCAACUGCCCCUCUUGAGGCAGGGUCCUGGCCCCACAUCACGGAGUGUGGGGGAGUCAGGGCCCUGCACCCCCCACUUCCUGCAAUUCCCCAUCACUCUCAGCCAGCCAGUCACACAGAAGGUUUAUUAGCCGACAGGAACAGUCCCAAGCAGGGCUUGUAGGUACAGCCAGGACCCCUCAGCCAGGUCCCU